CAUAUAUGCCAAUAUAUCACAAGUAAGAAUCACAAUUUUGUACUUAAGGAUAUAAGAAAAUGCAUUAUAAACAAAGUUCCUGCCUUAUGUUUCUGUUAAGCAUACUUCAUAUUCUGGUAUGAGCAUGUGAGCAAUGAGUUUCUUAUAAUCCAGAUAAACUAAGCAGUUCCUACUAUGAAAAAGGAAAUUAAGAUGUUAAAAUCCUGGAAGCCAAUCCUUUCAAGGGAAUUAAUUCAUCUAAUAAGCUGAACUAGUUAACAAUUUCUAUCUCUGUUGUGUUUUAUGUUUGGCAAUGGACCUUUGGCCUUGCAUUUAGUAGAUCUAAGUAUAAUAAUAUUGUAAUUCCACUGUAUCAAAAACUUUUCUCGGCAAGCUUCUGAAAUUUCAAUAAAUAAUGGAUAUACAAGCUGAGGGAAGAGAAAGUGAGAGGUUGAGGUGUCUCUUUGAGUAGAAAUCAAGCAAAACAAAAGUGCAGAAAACAAAACAUUCUCUCUUUAUUUCAUAUUUCUCAUCUUCCAAGCAAGAAUAUAUACCAUAUAACAUUACAAGGUGGAAAGAAAAUUCAUUUGUACACCUCUCUCAAAAUCACACUCUCUCUUACACUUGUUAUCUUUAUCCCAUGCAUAUUUCACUUACAUUUUUGUAGCAAUGUCUGAGUACAAAGAAAUUAAAAAGAAUCAUCUUUUACUUAUUCCAUGUAGAUGUAUAAUAGUAUCUUUUGAAUACCCACUCUCUUUUUCCUGUUAACUUGCUUCUGGCCUGUCUGCCUAAGCUGCGGCCCUAUAUCAAUCUAAUUCCGAAGCGUCACCAUUGAAAGGAAAGCUGAAGCAGCAAACCCUUUUGCAAGCUCUACAUAUUUUGCGCUUAAUCAGAGCAACUAGCUAGGUACUUUAAUGGAGUCAAGUAUAAAGCACACGAGAUUGAGCAUUUUAAUUGCUUAUAUCUCCAUUUCAGCUACCAUCCUAUUCAUUCAAACUGAUGCAAGAAGCUACCCAAUACUACCACAACCCAAAAGCACAACCAGUGAAUCAGUGAAGAAGUUAAAAGCACUAAAUCACCUUGGCAUUGAUCACAAACCGUCGGAUUCCUUCAAUCUUGAACCGUCUGAUGUGAGCUCCCCUUUCUCUCUACCACCGUUUGAUUCACUAUCCCCAUUAUCAUUACCCGGAAAUGUUCCACUUCCUCCAUUCUGUGUCAAUCCCCCAUUUACCCCACAAACACCACCCAAAACCCCACAUUCAGAACCACCACCACCACCACCACCACCACCACCACCACCUUCUUCUACAAGUUCCAUUGGGCCCAAAUCCCCUCCGCAUAGCCCACCACCAAGCACACCUGGCUAUGUAUCAAGCCCAGCUCCUAGCCCAACUCUGAGCCCACACCCACCAAAACCUUCACAAAGCCCACCCAAGCAUGGACCCAGCCCACCAGUGGUUUACCCACCACCUUCUGGGCCAUCACCACCUUCACAUAAGAAACCUCAGUUUGCCAUUUGGUGUGUUGCUAAGCCAACUGUACCCGACCCAAUAAUCCAAGAAGCCAUGGACUAUGCCUGCGGGUCGGGUGCGGAUUGCAAAUCGAUUCAACCAAAUGGGUCAUGCUUCCAACCCGAUACUUUGGUGGCCCACGCUUCAUAUGCUUUCAAUAGCUAUUGGCAGAACACCAAGGCUGGUGGAGGAACUUGUGAUUUUGGAGGAACUGCCAUGCUUGUCACAGUUGAUCCAAGUUCUGGUAAAUGCCAUUUCAUCUACGACUGAAAGAAGCAUGAGUAUUAAAGACGAUUAUUUGCUGGGUUUUAGAGACCAAUUAAUAAAAUAAAUACCAUAUCCUGGAUUCUCUCGAGCAUGAGUUUUGCAAGCACACUAAUUAAAACAUUUUAUUAGAUGGGAUUCCAUAUGUAUAAUCACGAUUUUGGAUAUAGAUAUAUCUAUUAUUUAUGAACUAGAUCUUCCACUUUUUGUGCUUUUCAUUAUCUCAGUGCCACGUGCUAGUAUGGAUGUACGAUAUUAUUAUUAUUAUUACAAAUAGUUCUCAGCAGUACCAAAUAAAUGAAG